AUUCAGUGUGAGUACUUGGAGUGGCUGAGCAGGUAACCCAGGCUGUGAUACAGGAAUUGAAGGUUUCUCAAUAUGAAUGAUGGACCCUCCACCAGUUUUGAGGCAUCUGGAAGAAUGUCAGGGAAUCCCAGGCUGGCUCCAGCAGAGACCGUAUUGGAGGAAGACCAUGGCCAGACACAGACCCAGCCACCAAUUCAGCAGCUCCGCCGAGGUCCAGAGCCUAAUGUGACCAAGAAUAAGGGAAGGAAAUCAACUAAAGGGAAUUCCAUAGAAAGAAGUAAACUUUCUGCCAAACACAUCGAGGAGGCUGCAGGAGACGACAGGUGCACUCUCUGUCUACUGGCAGUUCUAUUCUGUGAGGUGUCCCUCCUCUGUUCCUCGCUCGUGGACUGUGCGAGCUGUGGUCUGUGUGGUGAUGGAGUGCUCUGUGGCUCAGUGUCCCCAGAGGGAAUGUGCUGUGCCUCGGCUGGGAGUAUGCCCUGUGCCCCAGGCUGCAUGGUGACAGGUGAGGCAUGUAGCUCAUCUGACUGCCUGGACAUUAUGCUGGAGUGCUGCUCCCUCUGCUUCCCAUCCUGACUGGACCAUGUCUGGAAAUCAACCCAAAGGCAUGCUUGGAUAUAGCAGCGAGAUAGACCUUCUAAGGAAUGAGUGGCUUCCCACGGGCACAUGGGCCCAAACUUUGGCAUGUGAAGGAUGAACACGCUCUGACAAUGUUCUACCUACUUUGUUGUCUAUAGUGUUUUUGUCUUAAUGGAAGGAGUUUCUUUGGGCUGGUAACCCAGGAAUAUCCAGCUGAAAUAAGUUUAUCAGGUAAUGCCCCUUACUGCUCCCUCCUCGUGCUCGUGGCUCCCAGCAUCCUGCAGGAAUAAGUGACAAUUAUCUGUGCCGUGGAAAUGUAUGCCUUCACCCAUGGACAGUUUGUGGUAUCCUCCACGUGUCAGUCUAAUUAAAGCCAUUCCAUUUUAUUAUACAUAUUACAUUUCCAAACAGAACAAUAGUCCUAAACCACCCUCUCAUUCAGACCCCCCUGCCAAGCACCAAUAAUGGGUCACAUUGAAGGGGGCUAAUCUGGGGGAUAUUUGAGCCACUUGCAUCCAUUUUAAGGUUAUCUAUUACAGUGUCCCAGCCCUGCAGGAAAGGGCACAGUUGUUUGGAGUUUUCACACUGUUUCACCAAAAACAGAGAUAAGGCCAUUUCCUAUUGCUAUCUGUGCUGUUCCGUGCAGGACCCCUGGAUGCACAGGAAGGGCUGGUAGAAUCCUGUUGAUUUCAGCCGAGCCCCAUCCUCCAGUGUAAAUACAGUAUAUAUCAGCAUUACAUCCCAUCACUUAAUACUCCCAGGCCAUUACUUUCAGCACAUUAGAGAACUCAUUACUGCCAUAAACCCCAUUAUCCACACUUAUUACGGGUCCCAGAGAGCAAGUAAUUCACACAUCUGGGAGAGUAAUGCUCAGAGUGAGGCAUGAACAAACUCAUUAAUCUCAGGAUUCGCACAACAAGACCAGCAAUAUUCAGAGAUUGGGUAGACAAGAUAUGCAAAGUCCUCCAAGGCAGGGCCCAGCACGCCCAGCAUGGGGAUUUGAGUUUGUCAGUCUCCAGAAAUGCAAACACAAGCUUACUAAAGUGGGAAUCGCUGGACAUCCAAUGUGAAUGUUAGGUUUGAAAUCUCGAAACAUAACUGACUUUAAAAUGUAUAACUUCAAGGACGACUGUCACCUCAAAAAU